AUGUUUUGGGCCUUCUUUUUGUGCGUGCUGACUGCAGUUGCCAUACAAGUCCCAUUGAAAGCAAGGUCGCUGAUUGAGUUCCACAAGGAGAUUACACAGAUUGACUCCGAGGUUGGGAACGAGUACGACGUGGUGCACUAUCUGGCUGAUUAUCUAUCUGCCCAGGGACUGACCGUUGAGUUGCAGCUCGUCGAAGAGGGACGCGAAAACGUUUAUGCCUAUUUGGGAGAGCAAAGGAACACUAAGGUGCUGCUCACCUCUCAUAUAGACACUAAUCCUGCUGGGAAAAUACCGUACCAUCUGGAAGGAGACGAAAUCCAUGUGCGUGGAGCCUGCGAUGCCAAAGGGAGCGUUGCGUCCCAGGUGUAUGCGUUUCUGGAGCUUUGGGACGAGCAAAUCAUCCGUGAAGGAGACUUGGCUCUUUUGUUCGUUGUGGGUGAAGAAUACAACGGGGUAGGCUCUCUCACUGCCGUUAACGGCCUCAAUGCUUCCUGGUCAAACGCAGUUAUUGUUGGUGAACCGACAGACAACAAGCUCAGUGUUGGACACAAGGGAAACUUCCGUUUUGAUGUUAAUGCCGUGGGCGUCUCGUGUCACUCAGGAUACCCUGAACAGGGUUUCAGUGCUGUUGAACACCUGCUGGAGAGGAUUGGGCACCUUCUGCAACAAGAGUUUCCUUAUUCCAGUCUUCUGGGACCAACCUCCGUUAACAUCGGCACUUUUCAUGGCGGGUUGGCGGCGAAUCUGCUUGCCCCAUCUGCAAAGGCAGAAAUCUACAUAAGGGUGGCAGAGGACAUUGGGCUGGUUAAUCAGACUGUCAGCAGGAUUUUUUCCACUCCUCACUCAACCUACUCGAUAGUUCAAAUGCUGGAACCCCAAUAUCUGGACCACGACGUUCCGGGCUUUGAAUUGGUGGCAUGUUCCUACGCUACCGAUAUCCCUUACUUCAAGGGCAAGAGUGCCAAGCGGUAUUUGUACGGUCCAGGCUCCAUUCUUGUAGCCCAUAGUGCCGAAGAGUAUAUCCUUCCUACAGAUUUGUAUGAGGCUGUUCGCGGAUACAAGUCGAUUGUGAAAUAUAAUAUAUAG